AUGUUCUCGAAUCCUGUUUAUAAUCUCCCACCACAAUUCAAUGAAAAUUUAUUAUCACAAAAUUUAGCCGGUCUUUCAUUAAAUAGUGCUCCAACUCAACAACAACAACAAAUACCAAUUGAUAUCGGCGGUUAUAUUCCACCAUCAUUCAAUGAUGCAGAUAUUAAAUGGCCAUCAACAGAAGAUUUUGAUAUUUCAUAUAAUCGUGGAUCUACUGUUGUACGUCAAUAUAAUAAUUCAAUGAUUGAUGAUUAUUAUAAAAAAUUUCUUCGUCCAAUAACGGAUUACAUUGCUAUACCAACAAAUGGUCAACCAACUUAUGUUUAUCAAAAUUUAGGUGGACCACCGAAUUCUACUUCUUUAGGACUCACUCAACAACCUUAUGUUGGUGUUGAAGUAGCGAAUGAUCUACAAGCAACAGUACCUACUGCUACUAGUUCAAAUUUGGCAGGAAAUGAAACUGAAGAUAAAAAACAUAAGAAAAAACAUAAAAAACGAUCAUCAAAACAUGCUAAUAGUGAUAGUAAUAAAACUAGCGAUAAUGAAAAAGCAAAUGACGAAUCAAAGAAAAGAACAACAGAUUUGGAUGAUUAUCAUAAAGUAUCUUCUGUUCCAGUCACUAGUGGAAAUCAACAAAAACAAGUCGUUGUACCAGCUGUUUUAAAAAACACAGGUGCAGUUGGUCCACAAGUACCAAUGAGAUUUCCAUCAAAUCCACUUGUCUAUUUUGAUAUUGAUAUUGAUAAUGAACGACGUGGCCGUCUUCUUAUGGAACUCUUUCGUCAUGUAUUACCACGUACAGCACAAAAUUUUCUUUCAUUGGCAUUAAAUGAACAUGGUUUUGGUUAUCGUUUAUCAUAUUUUCAUCGAAUCAUUCCAGGUUUUAUGGCUCAAGCUGGUGAUUUCGAAAAAUCGAAUGGCACAGGUGGUUAUUCAAUAUAUGGAGAAAAAUUUGAUGAUGAAGGUUUUCCAUAUUCACAUGAUCGUGCUGGUCUUUUAUCAAUGGCAAAUAGUGGACCAAAUACAAAUGGAAGUCAAUUUUUUGUUACAUUUGCACCAUGUCCACAUUUAGAUAAUAAACAUGUAGUAUUUGGACAAGUUAUACAAGGUUUUCAUUUACUUCAAGAUCUUGAUAUGAGUGGAUCAGAGAGUGGUGAAGUAUUACGUGAAGUUAAGAUUGCUGCUACUGGUCAACUUCAAUAA